GUUGGUAUUGCCUUUAAGAAUUCGGCCAACUUCUGCCAAGGUUUUUCAGCAUGAAGAAAUGGUUAGUUGGAGGAGCCGUUGUAAUAGUAUUGAUUGCAUUAGGGGCAUGGGCUAUUGUUUCCUUUACACCUCCACCUUCUAAGAGAUGUGGUACCCCCGGUGGGCCGCCUAUUACCGCCCCGAGGGUCCGGCUCAGCGAUGGACGCUAUUUAGCCUACCAAGAACAUGGAGUUAGUAGACAAAACGCCACAUUCAAGAUCAUCUUUAUCCAUGCAUUCGCCACCUUUAGGCGCGAUGCUGUUAUCGCCAACCGUGUUCGUCCUGGGUUUCUUGAGAAAAACGGCAUCUACGUGGUAUCAUAUGAUCGACCUGGGUAUGGAGAGAGCGAUCCUGACUCGAGUCGCAAUGAAAAGACUUUAGCUCAUGACGUUGAACAACUCGCUGACCAAUUACAACUUGGUUCCAAAUUUUACGUGGUUGGAUACUCAAUGGGAGGCCAAGCCGUUUGGGGUGUUCUCAAAUACAUCCCUCACAGGCUCGCUGGAGCCACAUUGCUUUGUCCUGUAACCAACUCAUGGUGGCCUAGUUUCCCGGAUAGUUUGACAUGGGAACUAUGGAACAAGCAAUCUAGAACCGAAAGGUUUGCGAUGCUCCUCACUCACAACACUCCAUGGCUGCUCUAUUGGUGGAACAAUCAAAAGCUUUUCCAAACAUCAGCUGUGAUGCAAUCAAGACCUACAAUAUUCUCUCCUCAAGAUAUGGCUUUACUGCCCAAACUUGCCGGAAGGGUCGCUUACAAGAACCAAACAACGCAACAAGGGACACACGAAUCAUUAGACCGCGACAUGAUUGUCGGAUUUGGGAAAUGGGGUUUUGACCCGAUGAAGAUCGAGAAUCCAUUCCCGAAAGGUGAAGGAUCGGUUCACUUGUGGCAAGGUGAUGAUGAUAGACUUGUCCCGGUACAACUACAAAGGAUCAUUGCUCAGAAGCUAACUUGGAUCAAGUAUCAUGAGGUUCCAGGCGCUGGUCAUUUGUUUCCAAAUGCUGAUGGGGUGGCAGAAACUGUCUUGAAGGAACUAUUGCCUAUUCCCCAAGCAUCUUAAAUUUAAUUCAUUCAAUUUGACAUUGUUUAGAAUCAGGAAAAGAAAAAAAUAUUGUACAAAAUAUAGUAUUAUGUAUGGAUUUCUUCUGUAUCAUGUAUGUAUUUCUUUUCGUUCUUUGUAAAUUUUUGGUAUAUGUUGCGGUGUAGUUAA